AUGCGCGGGCCGUUUGGCGCCAAUUUCGGACCGCUGCAGCCGGCGCAUACCGCGGGUUCCCGGGCGGCGCGCGUUCACUCUCCCCGGCUCCGGGAUGAUUGGCCAGAAGACCCUCUACUCCUUCUUCUCCCCGAACCCCGCCGGGAAACGACGUACCCGCAGCCCCGAGCCGGCCGACCCAGGGACCGGCGUGGCGGCGGUAGCUGAGGAGAGCGGGGAUGCGGCGGUGAGGCGGGGCGGGGACCGGGCACCGGGAGCAAGGGACCGGGAGGAGGGACCGGGGUCCCGCCCGACCGAGGGGUAACAGGGAUGCACCGCUGACCCGUUAACUUGGGUCCUAGUGUUCAAAGCCGCCUGCACGUGUUCAAAACAGCCCGGGCAGUUUUCUAUCGGCGGCCAUUCUGAGGGGCCAGCCAAUAGGGAUGGAUCGCGGGGCCCACGGCGCCAAUCAGACGCGAGGGGGCCGCCCCGCUCGGCCCGCCGUCCAAUCGGAGAGGACACGGGGCGGGAGCCCGAAGGCGUUUUGCCGCGAAAAGACCACGUGGGGACGCGGGUGGCGGGUCCGAGGGGGCGGGGCUCCUGGGUCGCGGCCUCCCAGCCCUGGUACCCCUCCGGAGGUGUCGCGGGCCUUGCUUCCUGCCCCUCUGCCAGCCGCAGUUUGGUUCGCAACCCAAAACUGGGGGCAGCGGGCUGCCUUCCCGGCUGGGCUCCCUCACUCCGAUUUUGCUGCGACUUGCCCCCUGGCGGCUGCGUCCCCGCGGAUGGGCGUGCUGCGCAAUGGGCCCUGGGUAUGGGGGCGGCAGCUGCGGGCGCCCGGGCACGGCCCGCUGCGGCUCGUGACCAGCCUGCGUGGGGAUCGCUUGCAGGCCAGCACCGCCAAGAAGGCCCGGGCCGGACAGGAGGACCCCGGCACGCCCCCCACCUCGCCGCUGAGCCCCGAACAGUUGGUCCGCAUCCAGAGGAACAAGGCCGCCGCCCUGCUCAGACUCGCCGCGCGCAACGUGCCCGUGGGUUUCGGUGAGAGUUGGAAGAAGCACCUCAGCGCCGAGUUCGGGAAACCAUAUUUCAUAAAGCUCAUGGGAUUUGUUGCAGAAGAAAGAAAACAUUACACCGUGUAUCCACCCCCACACCAAGUCUUCACCUGGACACAAAUGUGUGACAUAAGACAUGUGAAGGUUGUCAUCCUGGGACAGGAUCCAUAUCACGGACCCAAUCAAGCCCACGGUCUCUGCUUCAGUGUUCAAAGACCCAUUCCACCUCCACCCAGUUUGGAAAACAUUUAUAAAGAGCUGUCUACAGACAUAGAUGGUUUUGUUCAUCCUGGUCACGGAGAUUUAUCCGGGUGGGCCAAACAAGGUGUUCUCUUACUCAACGCAGUCCUCACCGUCCGGGCACAUCAGGCUAAUUCGCAUAAGGAGAGAGGAUGGGAGGAGUUUACGGAUGCGGUCGUGUCCUGGCUAAAUCACAACUCCAGCGGCCUCGUCUUCCUGCUCUGGGGCUCUUACGCUCAGAGGAAAGGCAGUGCCAUCGAUAGGAAACGUCACCAUGUGCUGCAGACUGCUCACCCCUCCCCGUUGUCGGUGUACAGAGGGUUCUUUGGAUGUAGACACUUCUCUAAAACCAAUGAGUUGCUGCAGAAGUCUGGCAAGGAGCCCAUCAACUGGAAGGAUCUGUGACCCUGAACUGGGGAGGCUGUCCCUGGGCCGUCUUUUAGAAGCUGCUAGUGAAGUUACUCGCCAAGAGUGGCAGCAAAGGCUCUACUCUGGGACCUUAUGUCUGUCUUUGCAACACGCCUUUGGACUAAAACAUACCUUCACGGUAUUUGGGGGAGAGAGGCGGUCAAAUACUCCAGACCACCGCUCUCUGUGUCCCCUUUAUGGUAAAAGGGGACAGGAGACAGAAGCACCUUGUGGUACAGCCAGCUGUUACUUUAGUUGGACUUUAGGUUGUAGUGUUGGGUGUGUUUAUUUAGCAAGGCCCUCCUUUGCCCAGCUUGGCUUCCCAUUCUUGGCCAAGUACACUGCUCCCUGCAUCCUUCUGAGAGCCCCGAGGCCCCUCCUUGCAGGAAGCAGGACAUUUUGCAAGUGCCCAGAAAUUUGGGGCUGAAAAUUCUUGAGGGCUGAUCUCUGAGUGAGCCUUCAACAGAUAGGGAGAGGGAAGUGAACUGGGGCUUGUUUUCUAGUUACUCUAUGGGUGUUCCUAGGAAUAAACAGUGGAAGUUGAACUGGAAGAAAGAGAAAGGGGAGGUUUUUUUUUUUGUUUUUUUUUUUUUUAAAGGAAAUGCUUUUCUUCUCUGGAGUAUCUCGAGUUGGGGGAUUUCAGGAAGCACAGAGUGCCAAUUGCUGUUUUUUUAUGGACUGAAAUCACAUGGGGAUUUUUUUUUUUCAACACUGGUGAAUUCUGCUGUCUUAAAAAUACUUCUGCAGAUGUAUAUAUAUAUAUAUUUUUUAAUCCUUUGUCGGGGAGACCGUCUUUUAUUAGGUCUGUACCUCCGUCCUACAUCCUGUUAGAGAUGCUGUUGCUGUGUUAGUUGGGGGAAUGGGGGCGUUAACUCCGAGUGGGCUUGGCAAUAAAAAGAUAGUUGAAGUUUCA